AUGGUGCAGAUUAAAAGUGAACUGAAGAUACAAAAGUUUUAUGAUGUCAUUUAUAAACUAAAUCAAUUGAAAAUUAAUGUAGUUGAAAAUAUUACCUUUAGUGUUUUGCACUUUGCUGUCUAUCCCUUUACAGCAGAAGAUCCCACUCUGAAAGAAUAUUGCAGAUUACCGUCAUUGGCCGUUGUUAAGUUACUACUUGAUUAUGGUGGCCAAGUGAACGUCAAUUAUAUCGAUCCUUCACGCCAUUCGAUCUUACACCUUAUCUCUGAGACAAAAGACGACGAGAACAAUAAUAUAUAUGAAAUUGUAUCAAUUAUUCGUCUUUUGAAUGAAGUCGGUUGCCAUUGGGACGUGAGAAAUGAAGAAGAUCAAACACCUGUUGAAUGUGCCCAGUCAGAUCGAAUCAGAUCAUUUAUGAAAAGUCAAAUGAAAGUCCUAAGUUCGAAAUGUACAACAGCACGAUUAAUAAAAAUUUCAAAAUUAAAUUAUAAACCCUAUUUUUCUGCAACAUUACAUCGGUUUAUUGAAUUACACUGA